UAUGAAAGCGGGUUCAUGGAUGUUAAGUAACUUCAGGUUCUCCGCUGUUUUCACUCACUGUGGGGUUCGUGCAGACCUGCUGAGACCCAGGACCGAGUUCAGACCGACCCGGAUCCGCGGAACGAGCUGGAUUUAAGGCAUGGCGAAAAGGAAGGAGUCCGGAACCGAGUCCGAAACCAGGACCGAGACCAAGACCAAGAAAAGGCUCCAGUUGAAGAACAAGAAGAAGGAGGCAGACAAAGAUGAAACCAUUGAGAGAAAAGUCAAACCCAGGCCUCGUUCAUCUCACGGGUCGACCAGUAAAUACUUCCAUCCAGUGAAGGAGGAGGAGGAGGAAAAGGGGGCGGAGUCUGAUGACGGCGACUUCAGUGAGGUGACGACAGCAGCUCAGGCACCAGUGAAGAAGAAGGAGGAGGAAGAGGAGGAGGACAGUGAGGAAGAUGAGGACGACUGGGAGGAGGUGGAAGAACUGGCCGAACCUCUGGGUCCAGUGGAACCAUCGGAACCAGUUCUGCCGUCUCAGCCGGUCCAGAUCGAGAUCGAGACCCCGGAGGUUAGAAAACGGCGGAAGAGGCAGGCGGAGUUCGAGAACUACCUUCGACGGAUGAUGAACCGCUAUAAGAAGGACCUGCUCGUCGACACACACAAGGUCCACCUGCUGUGCCUGAUAGCUAAUGGGAGGUUCCGGAACCGCCUGUGCUGCGAACCGGACCUGUUGGCUGUCGCUCUGUCUCUGCUGCCACCGCACUUCAGCACCGUCGCCAAAGACCGGAUCGACCAGAACUACCUCAGCGGACUCCUCAAGUGGUUCAGAGUCACCUUCACCCUGAACCCUGACCUUCCCUGUGAGGAUCGUCCGGACCCCCGGGCUCUGCUGGAGCGUCGCCUGGCCAGUCUGUCGGCCAGAACCCACCAGGAGAUGACCCACCUCUUCCUGUUGUUCCUGAGGUCUCUGCAGCUCUUCUGUCGCCUGGUUCUGUCUCUGCAGCCGAUUCCUCUCAAACCUCCACCAGCCAAGGGUAAAGGCGCUAAAAUUUCAUCCGAUGCUCAAAUAAAGAACCUCAAAGUCCAGGAUCCAUCUGAGACCGACCCGCCUCAGCAGAAGGCCUCUCCUGGAUCCAAGAGACCGGCUCCAGGAGCGAAAAACCCCGGAGGCCGAGGAGGGAAGAAGGCCAAGAAGAAAGGAGUCAAAGAGGAGGAGGAGGAGGAGGAGAAGACAGCAGGAGGGAGGAGGACGAAGAACCUGAAACGGAGAAGCGUCGCCUCCAAGGUCAGUUACAAAGAGGAGAGUGACAGUGAAGGGGAGGAGGACGAGGGCAGUGAGGAAGAGGAGUUCAAGGCGAGCAGUGAGGAAGAGGAGGAAGAGGUGGAAUCUACAAAGGGGAAGAAGGCGAAAGGGAAGAGUAAGAGACGGAGCGGCGGAGGAAAGAGACAAACGAAAGACGAGGAAGAAGACGACGAAGACGAAGCAACGACGACCAACGGAGCGAAGAGGAGGAGGAAGGGGAGGUCUGGACCUGGAACGGACCAGUGGCUGGAGGUCUACCUGGACAAGACCUCGACCUGGGUCUGCGUGGACGUGGACCACGGCGUGGGGGUACCUCAGCUCUGCUCCCAGAAUGCAACGCAGCCGCUGACGUACGUGGUGUCGGUGGACGAGGACGGGUUCGUCAAAGACCUGGGACGGAAGUACGACCCCACCUGGAUGACCACGUCCAGGAAGAGACGGGUGGACGAGGAGUGGUGGGAGGAGACGCUGGAGACGCUGCAGAGGCCGGAAGACGAACGGGACAGACGGGAGGAGAAAGAGCUCCAGUCCAGGCUGUUGAACAGACCUCUCCCAGUCUCCAUCUCUGAGUAUAAGAACCAUCCUCUGUACGCUCUGAAGCGUCACCUGCUGAAGUACGAGGCCGUCUACCCUCCGUCUGCCGCCGUGCUGGGAUACUGCAGAGGAGAACCCGUGUACUCCAGGGACUGCGUCCACACCCUCCACUCCAGAGACACGUGGCUGAAAGAGGCUCGAACCGUCAGACUGGGUGAAGAACCGUACAAGAUGGUGAAGGGCUUCUCCAACCGCUCCCGUAAAGCCCGGAUGAUGUCAGAGAUGAAGGACGAGAAAGACCUGCCUCUGUUCGGUGAAUGGCAGACAGAGGAAUACCAGCCGCCCAUCGCUGUGGACGGGAAGGUUCCUCGUAACGACUACGGUAACGUCUACCUGUUUAAACCCUGCAUGUUGCCCGUGGGCUGCGUUCACCUGCGGUUGCCCAACCUGCACCGCGUGGCCCGGAAACUGGACCUGGAUGCCGCUCCGGCGGUCACCGGCUUCGACUUCCACGGAGGAUACUCCCACGCCGUAACUGACGGUUACAUCGUCUGUGAGGAACAUGAGGAGGUUCUCCGAGCCGCCUGGACAGAAGACCAGGAACUGCAGAAACAGAAGGAGAAAGAGAAACGUGAGAAGAGGGCGCUGUCCAACUGGACUCUGCUGGUCAAGGGGCUCCUGAUCCGCGAACGUCUGAAACAACGCUACGGGAAAAAGCACCAGGGCCUCGGCGCUCAAACCAAAGGUGGCGAGGACCGCGCCGAAGGCUUUUCAUCAGAUGAGGAGACGGUGGAGCACAAAAGUCCUGGAGCUAAGACAGCGUCCGAGACUCUGGCCAUGUCCUGGCCUCAGAACAGACAAACGGACGCCGACGGAGGCAGCACCAGCGGAACCAAGAGGAAGACGACCAAACGGGAGCAGAGGGGCCAAGAGAAACACAUGUUCCCCUUCGAGAAGGUGUGAAGGAACCGAAACCUGACCGGAGC